AUGGGGAUUCAGACGCGGCCGCGAUUUUGCCACCAUGCGCCAGUGAAAUCAGCUGGAAUGGUGGAGUCAGAGAACCACACCUUCUUGGUAGAAGAGGUGCAAAAGAAUUACAAUUCCCUCCGUUCAAAGCAAAAGCAAAAGAAGGGACCUGCGGAUAUUCUGGACGCCAACGGCAGUUACCCCCAAAAAGCGCCGAGCAAGAAGAAAAAAAUUAUUUAUCUCCUUCUCUUUUUCCCUUCGCCUUAUCUUUUUUUUUUCCUUGGCGUGCCUCCUGAGGUGGGAAAAAAUAUUGAAUUUGCCCAGAAAAUAUGUUUUUCGCCUGGGGCGUUUUGC